UAUCCAAAAUAAAAUAUAGGUAUUUUAAAAUAUAUAUUUGUCAUUUCAUGUUUCUUGAGCAGGUGAUGUGACUGGUAUGCGUAGCACCAUCUGGAUAUAACAAGUUACUAAACAUUUUUCAAAUUCAUGUUAGGUGAAUGGGUGAAAGCUAAAAUCAGAGCACUAAGAAAUAGCUUUAGUAAAGCAAAGAAGCCUCCACCAAGUGGGAGUGCAAGAAAAAACCAGACAAAACGAACUCAAUGGCUACUGGAAAAGCUUCAGUUUUUAACACCUCACAUUGCAACGCGAGCUUCAGUUUCAAGUAUUGAUUUGGAAUCACGAGGUAAUACUCCAAUAUCAGAAAUGAGUUUUAAUGCUGAUGACAAUGAAUGUGAAGCUGAAUCACUUCACCCGUCACCUCCUGGUAGCCCAACAAACAUAACAGAGGAAGUAGGUAAUGACCUAAUGCCUGCAACAUCUACAAAUGAACCACUUAGAAAACAAACCUCAUCCAAAAGAAAACAGGCUGAAGAAGAGUUUCACUUGCUACAAAAUUUGUCACAGUCAAUUGAAAACAAGAAUAAAAGACGACGAGAAGGAAAAAAAAAGAAUAAUACAAUUUUUGAAGCUUUUGGAAAUUAUGUUGCACAAGCAUUGUCUGAAUUAGACAGUCGAACAGGCCACUUAGCACAGCACAAAAUAAGCAACAUUAUUUUCCAAGCACAAGCUGGAUUACUAUCCCUAGAAACAAUGAUGCCACCUUCCCUAACCCAAACAGUGACACAACCCCAGAGAAACUACUUCCACCCCGUCAUGCAACCCGGUAUGUUGACAAGCCCACCACCUUCAAUUUAUGGGGAGAACAGUGCAUCUUACAGAGAUGAUAACUACUAA